GAUAGUACGUACAGUGUAUUAAAAAGGUACCGCGAUGUCUAUGGCUUUUUCGGACCAUGUUGGUGCAAUGAAUUUCCUUUUUUUUACAGUUUAAAUGAAUUUUACUUGAGAGUACCACCAUCAUGUCUCGAGCUCCUAAAGAGACCUUGCGGCAGCGAAUGCAAGGUUUCUUUGGCAUUCGGGGACAGAAGGGAGCCAGCCCUGGAGAUGGACAAGUCAAGAAAGGAGAGUUCUUCAUUACCCCUUCGCUCAAGAAGGAAUUGAGUCGAGAGAGCCCUAUGAAUGUCCGGAUGAAAGCCAUCAAUCACCUAAGCACCCUUGUUGGAGAAAAGAAGUUAGAAGAUAAUGGAAUAGAAGCUAUAUGGGUACUUAUAUCAGACCUGCUAGAUGCUCAAGUCAAUGCCGAUCAUCGUCAUCUUGUUCUUCACUUUCUUAAAUGUGUGGUCAUCGGUCAGUCUGAAUUCCUUGGUCCAAUGAGAUAUCAUUUCUUUCAAGUGGUCAAAGGUCACAACAUCUUUGAAGAUCUACCUCAGAGAUUGGAUAUGUUGCGAGCUCUAAGUGAUAAUGGCAAGAAUCUGUUAGAUUUUGAGGAGGAUAUGGGACCGUUUCUUGUGUUGUGGAUGCCAGAUGUCAUCAGCUAUGGAAAAACUGCCGAGUUUCUUCAAGUCUUGGUGAAUGUCAUCAAAUAUAAUUCAUGUUACCUUGAUGAUCAUGUCAUUGCAGGCCUAGUUCAACAUACAUGUUCCAUCUGUAGUAGGACAGAGAAAGAGAAAGAUAUAGAACAAGCACUUCACGUCUUGGAUGCUGUUAUCUGCUAUAGCUGCCUGCCCAGCGAGUCUUUAUAUCACUUCAUCACUGCCCUCUGUAGGACCGUCAGUGUCAAGCGAUUCUGCCAGUCUAGUUGGAAGUUAAUGCGUAAUCUUCUAGGCACCCAUCUAGGGCACAGUGCCAUCUAUACUAUGUGUUGUAUAAUGGAGGACAGUCAUAACAUCAGUGAUGUGGUUCUGCUUCGGGGAGCAGUGUUCUUUGUUGGUAUGGCACGCUGGGGCUCCAUGAAAGUACAGUCUCUACGUCACAUCAACUUCACUUCAGUCCUACCGUCAUUUGAGAGGGCCCUGACAUGUAAGCAUGUCUUGGUAGCAUAUGAAGUGACCCUUUCCCUUCAGAGAUUGGUCAAAAAGAAUGGCAUGGACAUCCAAGCAAUCACUUGGGACAUCAUCUUAGGAAUCAUAGAAAAGCUCUUCAGGAAUAUUGAGGAAUACGCAGUGAAUCAUGAAUACCUCCCUACCCAGCUGCAUGAUCUUCUGACGAUGGUGGAGAAACUUUACGAGAGGAACAAAUUUAAUGGAUCGCAGCAACAACUUUUUGCCAUUGUGGAAGAGUUUGCACGGUUGAGGCCUGAUAGUUCUGUUCUGUGUCUAAUAAGCUACAGAGCUCUGGCCAUUCAUCCAACCAAAGAGAAUUGGAUCCCAAACCUUCUGAAGCUCCUUGAUCGCUACUUCAGGUCCGAGAGUCGUACGGUCAUCAGGGAGGCUGCUCUCAAUGUCUUAUCCUCUACACUUCACUCCAGCGGAAGUCUGUAUGAGGAUGACCUGAUUAAAAUGGUAGCUCUCCCACAGCUGAAGUCCAUCUGUGAUGACCGGGACCCAGUCGUCAGAAACUGUGCGGUCAAGCUGCUGAUGGACUCAGCCAAGGUCUGUCAAAGUCCUUUUUGUCUGGACAUACUGGACAUCAUAGAGAAGGUUGUGAUGAAGACCAUGCAUGUGAGAUCACAUGCAGGGGGAGCAGCAUCAGCAGAGUCUCAUCACACAUCACAUCAUACACCCCAGUCAGAAGAGGAAAGAGACUUGGUGGACGUGAUGACGGCCGUCACAGGUCUGCUUGAGCUUUUUAAGAUCAAGAUGUAUCGUGUUCCCUCCUCCCAUGCUGUAUUUGCAUUCGAGUUGCUAGGCAACCACAUGAAGCAGCAAUAUGAAAACAAAUACAACUCUGACAUGGCAAGCAACAUCAGAGCCAAGGUGUUUGAGUUCCUGCUUCAGCUAAGAGCAGAUAGCAUGUGUAGACUGGGCUUUCCAGGAGAGAAUGGAAUCUACAAAUAUAGCCCUCAUAUUCUAUGUGAUUCAAGAUUAGAAACUGAAUUAGCAGGAAAGACGUCUCCACCGGUAUGCAGUUCACCACCUCCAGGUGAAAGGCACCUUAAACCGACAAUCAUCCCAUUCAUCCGAGCAUUUAAAAUCGUCACAACAUGCUUGAGAGAGGAGACCCAUUGGAAGGUUCUAUCACUGGUCUUGCCCUGUCUGACCAAAGCUCUACAAAACAAGAACCUGGUCCUAGCUGCCAAUGCCAACAUGGAGAACCUCUGUGUAGUUCUGUGUUCCAUGGUGGAAGACAGAAGUCACAUAAAUCGUUUACAGCGUUCUGAAGGAUUCAACAGAAUUGAUUUCUAUACUGGUAUAUACAGUGCCCUGACUGCUCUGGUGCCAUACCAUACGCUGCUUGAUCAACAGAAGAAGGUGUACCUGAUCAAGUGCUUUGAAGCAGGCCUGAAGCUGAAGUGUGCCCAGCAGUGCGUGGAUGGUUUGACCUUGUGUGUCAUUGAGAUGCAGGACACCAUGUUGAAGGUGUUGCCUUCUAUCAUCCUAGUCAUGUCUCAGAUGUCUGCUACUGCAACCAUGGCUAUCCCUGUCUUGGAGUUCCUUUCGAGUUUAAUCUGGUUUCCUCAGCUGUAUGCGAACUUUGUUGAGAGUGAAUACAUGAGUAUCUUUGCGGUGGCGCUUCAUUACACCAACCCAUUCAAGUUUUCCUUAUAUGUUGUAUCGCUUGCCCACCAUGUGAUUGCUAUGUGGUUCAUCAAAUGCCGUCUUCCAUUCAGGAGAGAGUUUGUAAAUUGUAUCACAAGGGGUCUUCAAGCGAAUGCCCUGAGACCUGUCCCAGACUUUGAGGGUAGCAGCUCUCCACCGAUCAUCGUCAAGCUUAGGAGAAGCAGCAGUCUUACAGAUAAAACCAACAAGAAUGAUCAAGGCAAAGGAAGGGGUGAUGAAGGAAGCAAUUCAAAGUCAGUCUCAACAGAAGAAGCUUUGGAUAUGCUGAACAAACUCCUAACCCAGACAUGCUUAGAUAUGAUGGCUAGGUAUACCUACUCUACAUUAGCCACCUAUCCAAAGAGAUCACCUGUUUCAGAGUUCCUCUUGGCUGGAGGUCAAAGUCAGAGCUGGCUUGUCGGAAACAAGGUCAUCACUGUCACGACCAGCGGAGGCAGCACCCGUCUGCAGCGCAACGGGGUGUGCGAGAAGUGCAACUCCCUGAUCCAGCAGUACAUAGAGACGACCUCCACGGCAUCCCAGGACAAGGCGGAGGAAGGGGCGGAGAAGUGGACGCAGAAGAUGGCCGAUGAGAAGGUCGACAAGGAGCAGAAGCAACCAAGUUCACCGUCGGGUACAGGGUUCGGAAGGCUCAAGAGACAGAGAUCAAAGUCUGGUAACACACAGCGGGUAGACAGCAGUGGCAACGCUCUACAAAAAAAGGCCACCCGAACAGAGGACCAAGAAGAAGUGAAGCAUCUGACACUCUUCAGCUCUGUGACCCAAGAGGUCACGAGCAGCGGGUUGGACACAUCUCACGGGUCAUCGGCUGAAAGUCUCAAGGGAAGUGAUGGUAGUCUCUCCUCUACAAGAACUGGUUUGAAGGUCUCGUUUACAGGUGAUAAAGGUCAAGGUUCAAAGGUGAAUCCGUCAGCAGCAGCUGCUGGAAAUAAGCCACCAUCCAAGGUGAUGUUUUCAGGUGUCCCUGAUGUCAGCCAGGGAUCAAAGACAACAGCCGGUGCCUUUGAGACAUCUCAUGGACCAUCGUCUGAAGGGAAGAAAACGGGUGAUGGCCAGUCUGAAUCGGGACAUUCCAAGAAGGAAGACAGCAGUCAUCCAUCAAAGGUGACUUCCAAGGUUAUGUUUGCGGCUGAUAAAGGCCAGGCUUCAAAAGCACAUCAGAAAGAAACCGGUACUUGCCCCCCAGGGUCAGUCAAGCCAGUGUCUAUUACACAGGGAGGUUCUGAUACCAGUCAGGGGUCAAAGGUCAAUCAGACAGGAAAUGGGAUGGCGGACAGUGGAGAUCAGUUGACCUUCAAGCCGCGGUACUCCUCCCGCGUCUCCUCCGCCUCCAUCUACCAAUGCAACUGCUGGUGUCAGGGGUGGGCAGAGAUCCAUGUCAGACGUCCCACGGGAAACACCUCCUGGAUCAUGCGCAUCCAGAACGGUGGCGCCCUUGUCCCCUCCUCACACGAGUUCCCUCUUGCCGAUAUCUCAGCGUUGCUCCUGCGGAACAGAGACCUGGACAUUGAUGCAGACAUGGUGAUGCCUGAUGAUAGUGGGUCCGAGGAUGAGAUGUGUUCUCUGGAUGAAGAAGAUGAAGAGGAGGAGGGGGAUAUCCAUGAUGGCAAGCAGAGCAUCGGUCAUGGAGCCUUGUUGGAUUUCAGCAGCCCCUCAUUUAAUGAUGAUGAGGAUCUUUUUUCUGAUAUUCUUUGUCUGCAAUCUGACAUGGAUUCGUUGAGCUUUCCUAGAACCGAGAUGGGGCUGUCUCCCAUGACCCCAAGUUUCCUCCAGGAUUACAGUGCCAUGAGGAAGAGAGAACUGGGGGAGAAAAGGGAUCCUUCGUACAGGGAAUUGCUAAAGGAGUUUGAUGAAAAGCCAGACGACCUUGAAAAUGUGGGUACUUCGCCCAAGCUUAGGUUGAUGAGAUCCAACUCUUCACCUGCCCUGAUCAAGAUGGGGGAGCCCACCAACCUGCCAACCCUCUCCCCUCGCUCAGUGGCUCGAUCCUUCCUGGAAGAUACAGCCCAGAAGCCAGGGUCCUACAAAGACCCUUCGUUCCUCUCCAAGCGCUACUCCCAGGAAGUGCCACCAGACCUCUGGCCAUCCGCCGGAGAAGAGAAGACUGACCAAGGCGGGGACCAGGUGGAUGGACUCCUGCAGACGAGUGGGUCAUCAGAGUUUGUGGACAUCAGCUAUAAGGACAUUGAGGUUGAAGAGACAUCUACAAAGGCCACACCAACGUCGGCAUCAUCAACUGCUCCGGAAAACCCCGCCACAACUGUUCCAGAUGCUCGUGACAGUACUGUCUCAAAGACUACUGCAGGUGGUGAACAGGAAUCUAAAGUAGAGAAGCCACAAACCUUGCCAGUUGUUCCUCAUUCAGUGAAAGAAGAGAGCAGGCAGCUGUCUAGGAAAAACUUGGAGUACAAUCAACAUUCCUCACGUCCCAGAGGUCACACGGUGUCUAUUAUGGUUCGUCGGGAUAGGCAUAAAGGACAGCAAGGUGAUAGCAGGAGUCGUAGGACCUCAGACACUAAGCAUAGGGGAUCGUUUACCCAACGUGACACCUUCCGCUCUGGUAUAAAUCCAAGCUUUGUAUUCCUUCAGGUAUAUUUUUCUCCAUUGUUUACCGAGGGUGCAGAGAGACCCAUUGCUAUACCCCUCUCACAGGUUGGUCAGAGAGCUGUCAAGGUACUGGACAGGAUACCACCUUAUGACACUCAUAAAAUAGGUGUGGUCUACGUAGGAGAAUCACAGGCCAACGACGAGACAGCUAUCCUGUCUAACGUGUAUGGAUCAGCACGCUACAUGAACUUCCUACGAGGGCUGGGUCAACUGGUGUCACUCAAGGACAUUGACCCUGAUGAGGUGUACACCGGAGGACUGGAUAGAACCGGUUCUGAUGGCAACUUUACCUACUGGUGGCAGGAUGACAUCAUGCAAGUAAUAUUCCACAUUGCCACUCUGAUGCCUAACAAGGAAUCUGAUCCCAUGUGUAACGGGAAGAAGCUUCACAUUGGCAAUGACUUUGUAUCCAUCGUCUACAAUGAGAGUGGACAGCCUUAUAAACUGGGGACCAUCAAGGGUCAGUUCAACUUUGCUGAGAUUGUUGUGGAGCCUUUAGACAAUGAUAGCAAUCUAGUCUCCAUACAAGCUAAACCAGAGUUGGAGCAUAUGUUGGGUAGACGAGGCCCCUGGAUGGUGUCUGAUCAACGAGCGGCUCUCCUUAUCAGACAGAUGGCUCUUCAUGCCAAUUUGGCCUCUCAGAUCCACCGUAGCCGUCCAGCCGAAGCCUACUGCUCCAACUGGCUUGAGAGACUGCGGCACAUCAUACGCAUUCAGGACAAAGUCAGCCACAUGGGGGCGCCCUCUAACCCCAUGAUGAACGUCAUGUCGUCCCGCUAUCUUCAGACACCGGAGAAGAAGUCAAACGGGCAGACCAAAACAGCUAAAAUCAGUGACUUCACGGACUAUGCAUAGUGCAGAAAUAAUAAUAAUUAUUAUUAUUGAGCGUAUUAUUAACAAGUAUAGUUCUUUUUGCAGUUUACAAUUAUGAAUAAACAAAAUAUGGAUAUACCAAAAGACAGUAAAAUCAUUUAUGACAAUAACAUACACCAAAAUAAAUCAUAAACAUACAGUUUCGGUGUUCAACUAUUAUAAUGACAAUAUUCCGCAUUUAUAUAGCGCCGAUACAUCGGAAUGUCAUCUUUAUGUGCUUCAGAGAUUUCAUUAGUCUGUUGUAUAGUCAAUUUUGGCAAUCUUGUACAUCACAAUUCUGAAAACUCACAUUCAAUUGAGUAAGGACAAUAGUGUGUAAGUACAAUAGACAAUACACUCUGUGUGUAUUGUGAAUGAAAUGUGACUUGAGUCGAAGUUGGGAGCCCCCUGUAUGUUACUCUAGUCGAACAAAAUGGGCAAAGAGUUAAGGAUCAAUUCAUAAAGUUAACAUUUUACGCUCUAAAAUGAUGUAAUAUUUCUACCGUUGGGUGUUCAUAACACACUUUACAAAGAGAAGAGUAUUGCCUUCCACAGAAGGUUGCUUUUGAUGAAUUAGAGAUCAAAUUAAUUUUAAACAGCUUGACUCUCCCACUAUUGUGGGUGACAAAAGGAAGUUGAUAACUCCAGAUAGAAACCUUCAUUCUCCACACAUCCUGUUCAUGGGUAUAGGACAUAAUGAUAUCAAUUUAUAAGUGCUUACCUUGUCUUGAAAUAAAGGGAAAUCCCCCAUAAUGAGGCUGCCACCAUCCAGUUCAAUUCGAGAUAAUGUGAGAGAAAUAUAUUGGGUCUUCAGAAAAGAGAACAUAAUUUAUUUUAAUGAAAAUAAUAUAAUGUGUGACUUAAUGUUGGACUGAUAGCUCCAUAUAUUACGAAUUGGUACAGUUACAAUAUUCUACAUUAAAUACACAAAAAUGUAGACACUGGGUGAACUUGUUUUCAGAAAAUAUUCUUUACAAAAAAUAACUUUUACAAUGAUAAGGAAAAAAAGUUUAACUUUUCAGAAAAUGCCUUGCAACACAGCCCAGGGAAUCUAGUUUCUAAGUAUUUUGUUCAUAAAUUGCAAUACUUGAUAGUUUUCAUCUCUUAAUUUGCUAGUAUUGUAUGUUUUCCUGCUAAAUACAACAAUAGUGAUGAUAUUGAUGAUCAUUAUAAUGUUAUUAAUAAUGAUGAUUAUUACAAGGAAACUGAUAGAAAUGGGGAUUUUGAUAUUACGAAAAAAAAAGAUAAUAGAAAAAUGUGUCACAUAGUAUGAGGGUAACCGGCCGUAGAUAUCCACAAAAUUCCAUAGCUUAGUGUAAUUUGUACAUUCUUUCAUAUUUGAGUCUCUGGCAGUUGAGUGUGGAAUACAGUACUAUAACAUUUCUACAAUUGGGAGUUGUUUGGUUUUCAUUUUCAUCUCAAUUUAUGUGCAAGUCUAGGAUCUACCCCUACUGACUCUAUUGAAAUGCAGAAUGUACUUUUUGAAAAUCUGACCAACCAAUUUAUAAAAAUAGCACUUACAUGUGUUUGUUUACAUGACUUUGGACAGAUGUCUAUUUCAUUCAUAAGUACACUCUAUGUGUAAUAUCAUUCAUGUAAUAGGUGGAUAUCAUAUCAAUAUUUUGUGUGAUAGCGUUUGUUGAGGGAGAAUGAGAUAUUCUUUAUUUGUUUUUAAGCAAGUGAAGAUUGCUUCCAAAUUUUUUUUUUGUUUAAUACUCCUUUUUGUCUAUUUUUGUAUUGUUUUAUUAAACAAAGGCAUUAAAUGAUAUAUUUUGUGUUCUAUGUGAGAAUGAAAAAGAGCUGAUACAAAAUCUCAAUUUUGUAAGAAUUGUUUUAUUUUUUUCAAAAUUUUCUUUUUGAAUGAACUGUGCAUAGGUUCUGGAGCAAACCAAAUGUUUAUUGUUACUUUUGUUAACCUUUGUUAUUGUGCAAUAUUAUAAAUUUUGAAUAAUUAUAUUUUGAAUCAUCUUUGGGGAUUUGGUUGCUUUUCAUCUAGAUUCCAAGACUAAACUGUUGUGACGGUCUGAUGUAAGAUUAAACAUGUUAAACAUGAAGAAAAUUC